UUAAGACAUAUGAAUUUAAUGAUUUGAAGAGUAGAUUCUGUUUGAAUGGAAAAUACGGUAAAGAUGAAUGAGCGUAAAUCUGAAUGAGAAGCACGUGAUUUUGAUAGUUUUGGCGGGAAACACCACGUGUGCGUAACCUAAAAUAUUACGUAUAUUUAUAACCUCAAUCCUUAUCUUGUCAAACGCGCAAAAUGUUCAAAGAGUAUUUAUUGAGGAACCAUCGACAGGAAUUGGAAGAAAUUUUGGACAACUUGGAUGUCAGCGGUUUCUAUUCGAUUUACAUAAACUUUGUAUCUUUAUUUGAGUUUGAUACGGACAUAGCGCAGAAAAUUUUACAAUAUCCCAGAUACUACUUACCGCUUUGCGAUGAAUCAGCGAUGGAAGCUCAGCAGGAAAUAGCAAAAUCAGAACAAGUUGUCAAAAAAAAAGUACGCAUCAGAGUUACUGCUGUACCACUGACAGUAGACCAAGGACAAAUUGGGCAACUUGUUUCAACAAGUGGUAUCAUAGUAAGAAUGUCCCAACCUACAGUAUUGAAGCUUGUUCAAAGAUACAUAUGCAAGAAGUGCAAGCACAUUAAUCAUAUUAAAUAUGAAUGGGAGAGACAAGAUUUUGGAGAAGCUUCAGAGUGUGAAGCAUGCAAUGCUACAAAGUUAAAAGCUAUUAAUGAUUUUGAUGUAGAAGAUUCCUCUGAUUGUCAAGAAAUAAGAGUACAAGAAAAAAGUAGAACUGAUACUAGAUACUUGAUUGAAGAACUGAAGAUCACUCUGUUGGAUGAUUUGGUUGAUAAAUGUAGACCAGGAGAUUAUGUUGAAAUUAGUGGUAUAAUUGUAAGAAUAUGGGGACCUUUAGAAGUUGGAGAACGUUUAGAAGCAACAACCAUGAUGUUAGCAAACAGUGUAACAGUACGACGUAAAAUAUCUGAUACAUCCUCCACCCAGGAGAUGAAAGACAUUUUCAGAAGUUACUGGGACAACUACAGUGACAAUCCUCUGCUCGGUAGAGACAAUAUUCUUGCAUCAAUUUGUCCUCAGCUCUACGGAAUGUACAUCCCAAAGUUAUCUCUAGCCGUGGUCCUAGCUGGUGGUGUGACGAAAUACAACGAAAACGGUAACUCCGUUCACACUUUUAUUACGUUCUUUUUUUCUGUAAAAUACAAUCAUUAAAUCAAUUAAGGAACCCGUGUACGCGGAGAGCCACAUCUUCUGUUAGUCGGCGAUCCAGGAACCGGCAAAUCCAAAUUGCUUCGCGCCGCAACUCGUUUGGCUGUAAGAUCUGUUUUUACGACCGGCGUUGGGUCAACUGCAGCAGGUCUUACAGCGACUGCUGUCAGGGACUCGGACGGCUGGCACUUAGAAGCUGGAGCAUUGGUAUUAGCUGAUGGUGGAAUUUGCUGCGUGGAUGAAUUCACAACGAUGAGUUCACACGACAGAACAAGCGUGCACGAGGCCAUGGAACAACAAACAAUAUCCAUCGCCAAAGCUGGAUUAGUCAGCACGUUAAAUUCGAGAUGUUCGGUGAUCGCAGCCAUCAAUCCGUCUGGUGGUCAAUUUGCAGAAAACGAGGACGAAGAAUGGGAAACGAGCUUGGGCGAUCCUCUUCUGUCUCGUUUCGACUUGAUAUUGCUUCUGAAGGAUAACAGAAAUCCAGAGUGGGAUAAAUUAACGUCAGAUCACAUUCUAAAAGCUGCUUGCAAAGCUAACGAAAGCCUGGUGCAAAUAGAUUCGAAGAACCAUUUCGAACUUUUGAAGACGGAGGGAUUAUGGAAGGAGGAUAGUUUGAGGGAAUACUUGGCACACAUUCAUUCGCUGCAACCAGUACUGACGAAAGAAGCAGAAAUGGUACUCAGAGCAACUUAUCUUUAUCAUAGAUCACACCCGGAUAGAAGGGAAGAAAGAACGACUGUGCGACUUUUAGACAGUCUGAUAAGGCUAGCUGAGGGACAUGCACGAUUAAUGUACAGGUCGCAAAUCGAGAUUAUGGAUGCCAUUUUUGUUGCAAAAUUGGUUGGAACAGAAUCAAACGCGAAGGUAGAUCCUGGUUGUUCGUUCCCAACGGAUCCGAUUGCCACUUAUCGAUUAGAAGGUAAAAAAUUACUCAGAACUAUUGGUUUGCAAAAUUUAGAAAGUUUAUUGUAAGCAUUGUCGAGGUGCCACUACGGAAGAAAGUAUUAUUACGAGUAAACUAAAUAUUUAUUUGUCAAUAUUUGUUGCCUGUUCACUGCUUACAUAAGUACAAAUGUACCAGCGUGUAUUUAUAAAAUUUAAACAUUUUUUUAUAUUUUUAUACAAAACGAAUUAUUUUAUUGUUCACCGCUAUGUAAUGAAGGUGGUGUGUAAUUAUUGCAGUCAAUUUAAACAGUGUUACAAGUCUAAAAAUAUAUUUAAAGGGUAUAAUAAUGUACGAUCAAGUCUCAACAAAUAACAAGGUACCUUUUUCUCGAUACUCCUGAACAUUUUUUUACUCAAUACAAAUUUUCCACUUCAUUCGGACAUGUUUCGAUACAUCCAAUAAAGUAACAGCAACGAUGCAACCCGAUGCAGGUUACAAAUAAUAUAUCAAUAAUUAAUAAAUAAUUAAACGUAUGUAAAAGUAAUUUGUUUUCAAAUUAUUUCCUAUACGUAUGUUUAUAGAUUAAACUUUACAAAGUGUUAUAAUAUUUUAUGGUGCUAGAUAACAAGUACUUAAUCAGGAAAGGCCAUAUAUUACACGUUGCAAGGAAUGUAUAGGACAUUAUGGGAUAGAUAAAAAGAUGUAUCAUUUCCGUAUAAUUCGUAAUUAAGUUAACGCUUAUCGACACAACAAAUGAAAAUUAAACUCUAUGAACGGAUGGAUAUAACCGUGUUAUAAAAUUAUUUUGAUUAUCAGCAAACCAAACACAUUUUUCUUCGUAUAAAUCGCGCAUGAUUACAACAUCAUGAAUAAAAGUGCCACUUUAAAAUAGAAAAGCUAGCAAAUAUAUUGAUGUAUAAUAGAAGCAAUAAUACAAAAGUUACUGAUAUGAUUAUUAGCUCACUCCUACUACAUGAUAAAUUAUUUCGUGACUUCUUUUU